GAAUCGACUCUCUGAGUUCGGCUCCUAUCCCUAUGUUACCAAAAACGAACCAGCCAGCUCUGGAUGGAGGAUGUUUUCAGCUGCCUGUGAAUAAAACAGUACUGUUUCUGAGGCUGUAUUCUGUUUCUCUUGAAGGUACAAAUCUGUUUCCAAAACCCCGUUCUCUGUUUAAAGUGUUAGCUGGCUGAUCGUCUGUAGCUUGAUUUAAUUUAAUUCGUCAGUGACUGAGAGGUAGCGUUAGCAAACCGCAAACUACUUUCACGUUAGCGUGCUAGCUUGCUAAUGCAUUAGCAUGUUGGGUGAGCUGGUUUAGAGGAGCCUUAUUUAUAUAGAAAUUUAUCCUCCAUCCAGACCGUAACCAUGUCUACAGAGGAGCUGCUGUCAGUAGAUUAUGAAGUGUAUGGGAAGGUCCAGGGAGUAUUUUUUCGAAAAUAUACACAGUCUGAGGGGAAGAAGUUGGGUUUGGUUGGCUGGGUGCAGAAUACUCCGGCUGGAACGGUACAGGGUCAGCUCCAAGGCCCAGCGUCCAAAGUCAGACAGAUGCAGGAUUGGCUCAAGACCACCGGCAGUCCACAGUCCCGGAUCUUAAAAGUUGAUUUCAGUAACGAGAAGAAAAUCGAAAACAUGAACUUCAAGGAUUUCAAAGUUGUCCGCUAGUCACACUGCACUAAAUGAAUGGACUUGUGAUGUGAUAUGAAUUCUAAUUUUAUUUAAAGAUAUUUAAGAUAAGCUAUUUGUCUGUUACACUGAUAAUGCACUCCGAGGAAGGGAUAAGCUGUACCUAACGUGCAGUAAUAAAUCGUACACAUAACAAAAAAUGCA